AUGGGAUUCAUUAUCGGAUAUUACUUGGAGAAGCUACAACGUGAAUAUUUUAAAAUGGCUUUAUCUCCUGGAGAUCCACACUCCUUUUCAAGACCAGAAUUUGCACGUGUGACUAAUAUUCAUUUAGAAUUAUAUGUAGACUUUAAUCGAUGCGUUCUUAAAGGAAAAGCGAUUUUGACUAUAGAAAAAAAAUGUUCAAUUACAGAAAUAAUUUUAGAUAAUUAUGCACUUGUCAUAGAACGUGUUACAAAUCCUGUUACUGAUGAAAUUUUAAAAUAUUCUGUUGGACAUCAACAUAUUGUUGGAAGCCCAUUUACCAUACAGUUACCACAAACUGAAGAAAAAUAUCUUAUGUCUACAUGUAAAAUUCAAAUUGAAUAUGAAACAAGUCCAAACUCACCUGCAUUAUAUUGGCUAACACCUGCACAAACUGCCGAUGGUACACAUCCUUUCCUAUUGUCUAAUAACAAGAGCAGUAUUUCCCUGCCAAGAUACACCAUCUGUCAAAUUUUCAUAUACUGCUACGCGAAACAAGUAGCAGCUUACGCAGUAACUAUAGCUGUAGGUUCACUACAGAAAGAACGUCUUAGUUCAAGAAGCAAUGUAUUUGCUGAGAAGAAAUUUAUUAACGAAGCUGUCAAUACAUUUCGUACAGGCGUAGUUGAAAAGAUGUUGAGGAUUGCUGAAGAUUUGUUUGGAUCUUAUUUUUGGGAUAGAUGCGAUAUAUGCUUGCUUCCACCGUGUCUCGGCCAUUUCGAAAUAGAAUGUCCAUGCGUAAUAUUUUUGUCACCAACUUUACUUUGCGGAGAUGAUUCUAGUAUCAGUUCACUCGCUGUAAAUAUCGCACAAAGCUGGGCAGGACAUUUAGUUACGUGUGCAAAUUAUCAUCAUUUCUGGCUACAUAAAAGUUUCAGCAUGUUUGUUGGCAGGAAAAUCAUUUGCAAAAUAUGGACGCUUAGUGAUGCGCAGUUAUUUUACAAAAAAUUAUCAUCUGUCGAGCUGAAUAGAAUGAUAGACAUAUCAAAUGCGACCAACUCGUUAAAAACCUUAAUACCUGAUUUGACUGGUUUGUUGCCUAUAAACUUCGUUAGGCAUGUACCCUACGAACUAGGAUGUAUAUUUUUAGACUACCUAGAGAAUAACUUAGGAGGAUCUUUAGCAUUCGAAAAAUUUCUUAAAUCUUAUUUUUUUAAUUUCGCAUACAAAAGUAUAAAGACGGAUGAUUGGAAGGAGUAUUUGAAUAAUUACUUUGCUAAAGUAAUGAGUAAAAAGUUUCAGUUACAACAUAUUAAUUGGGACUUAUGGCUCCAUAAUAUUCCUCAUAAAUAUAUCAAUAUAAAUUAUAAAAUCACAUGGGAAAUACAGUGUUCCAUAUUAGCAAAAAUAUCUUUGGCUGUUAUUGUGCAUUAA